AAAUUCACAGGUGAUGUCGCAGUGGCCCAUCAGCUGGGAUAACUGGCAGUCGUCGAAAACAAGUUGAUUCGUGAUCGGAGAAUAGUCAUUAAAGUGGCGUGAAAUUGUGAAUCUUUUCCUAAAAAUGUUGUGGUCCGUUUUGAGUUUGCAGACGAAAAUGGUGGCCAUGUUCGGAUGCGCCAUCAUCAUCGCCCUGAGCAUUUUGAUCAUCAUUUGCUUCUUGAUCCCCGACACCUGGUGGAUUUUACCUUGGGCUCCCCAUCAGGCAGAUGAAGACCAGGCGUUGAACGGGCCCGAAGGCAAUGACGUCCGACUCCGAGAUUUCCACCAGUGGCGUCCGGAAGGAGAAGAUCAUCCAGCGGAAUUGAUGGAUUCACAGAAGAAGCUGAAAAAUCCAUCCAGCAGCAGCAGGUUGUCGAGAAAUGAAUUAUGCUACGACUCUUCCGGGUACUCGGUGGAUAGCGGCAGGCCCGGCUCGCUCCUGACUGGCGGCCGUGAGUCGAGUCUCAGCAGCAACGGGUCGAGCGUCGUCAGCAGCCCCAGUCCGUCCCGGAGCGGGUCGACGACAACGCUGGGCGCGAUGACGGACGAGCCCGGCAACCGUCCACAGGUUCACCUGACAUUGCAGACUCACGUCGUCGGCCAAUCGGAUGACGUCAAAAAUGGCGCAGCAGCGCUCGACCUCCAGCUGAUAGUCACCAUCGAGAAUGCGACGGAUCUGCCGUCGAGGACCUACGUGGACACGGUCGACCCGUCAGUCAGUGUCCGGCUGGAGCGGCGAAGCCGACUGGGCAGUUUGAUGGGAGCCUUGAUUGGCAGCAGCAGCAGCGGAGGCCGGCGCAACAGUAGCCACAGCCACCAGCACGUCGUGACCGAAGAUUCGACCUGCCCGGUCGUCUACCACAGCCGACACCCGCGCUUUCACCAUCCCGUCACGCUGGCCGUCCCCAAAUCAACGCAACUCAAGGAUUGUCAAUUGGUUGUGAAGGUCGAGGACAAGGACAAGCUGGUGGGAACGACGGAGCUGGGCGAGAGCCGGAUUGACUUACGGGAACUGGAUUUGCUGGCCGGCUGGCUGGAGGGGAACGGCGGCCAGCGAUCGGCAGGAGCCGGAGGAGAGUCGACGGUCCGUCUGAGUCGAUUCAUCGACAUUUUCAAAGCCGAAGAGAAAGGGGCCGUCCUCCUGGGCCUCUCCUUCCUGCCGACGUCGCAACGAAUCACCGUCCACAUUACGCAAUGCAAUCGGCUGGCCAAGACGGCCGACUCCGCUGCUCAUAAUAAGGCCGUCGUCCGGCUCUUCCUCCUCAACGAGUCCGGACGGGUCCUGAAGAAGCGGAAGACGGCCCCGUUCGACCCCAACGGCGGACGCGUCGAACUGGACGAACUCUUCCACCUGGACGUCGAGAUCGAGCGCUGGGAUCGUUGCGUCAUUUUGAUCGUCCUCUCCCGCAUCGUUUCCUCGCCCGAGGUGGAGCAGCAGACGACGACGGCCGUCGUCCGCAGUCCGCCCGUCUACCAGCACUCGGGUCACGUGGCCCUGGGCAAGCGGGUGCUGGGCCACGCCGAGCGCAUUCACUGGAACAGCGCCUUCCAGAGCCCCAGGCGGGUUAUUAGUCAAUGGCACGGCCUACACUGACCGAAACAAAAUAUUCCCGCGCAAAAUUUUGAAAAUAAAAUCAAAAUAAAAUUUGAAUUGUUUUUUUCCUUUGAUGGAAAAUGUUUCUAAGUUCGUGUGUCCUGUGCUGCUGUGUUUGUAUCAUCUCCUUCUGUUUGCCAUCGAUCGUCUUUGGUUUCACGUCCAGCGGAAGUCGGACGCGCGGGGCAAUCCAUCAUUUUUAAUUUGAAAAUAUUGUGACAGCCCCACCAGCACCACCCCACAUUGCUGAUAUUCGCCCAUCACUUCCUGUGAUGGGCCAAUAUAUAUAAUCAAAUCAAAAUUCGAUGCGGCGAAAACAACAAACGCACAAAGUCGAACGCGCUUCUAUCGUCGAUUCAGCCAAUAACCUCUCAAACUCAUUAGUCUUCUCUCAAUUGGCUUCAUUUCUUUUUUUAAAUUUCCCGCCGAAAAAAUUCAAAUAAAAAUUUCAAAAAAAUCCAA